GAUAAAUACGUGCACAAACGUCAGUAUUAGUUGCCACUGUCCACUUAUAGCUAGCUUGAAGUGAAGAAAUGUCUUCUGCCACAAAAAUCAUGAGCAUGGACAGUGACAGCAUCAAGAAAUACUUGUUCAACAUGGCCAUGAAAAGCCAGUGGGAAGAAGUUGUCCAAGCAUAUAGGGAAAACAAGCUGGCUCUCAGGGCAAGGAUCACCAAGUCAGGUGACACAGCAUUGCACAUAGCAGUGUCGGACGGCCAAGAGGAACAUGUUGAGAAACUAGUAAAGCUGGUUUCCAAAAAGGAGCUGGAAAUCCAAAAUGAGCGAGGGAACACCCCUCUCCAUUUUGCUGCAGCACAGGGGAAUUUGAGAAUGUGCGAAUGCAUUGCCAAAGAUCAUCCUUCUUUGGUUAGUAUUCUCAACAAAGAUAAAGAGACCCCUCUCUUCUUGGCUGCUCUCCAUGGUAAAAAAGAUGCCUUCUUGUGUCUUCACUGCAUUUGUACUCCGGGCGAGUCUCAGCCAAACUACAGUUGCUGUAGGAGGGAGGAUGGAGAGACUAUCUUGCAUUGUGCAAUUGCUGGGGACUACUUUGAUUUGGCAUUUCACAUAAUAGCCCUGUAUAAAGAUCUUGUUAAUUCUGUUAAUGAAGUUGGGUUUUCCCCUCUCCAUCUUCUGGCGAGUAAGCCUUCCGCUUUCAAAAGUGGUAGCUACCUUAGACCUUGGAGCAAAAUCAUUUACCACUGUAUAUUGGUCGAUGAGCUGAAGGUGGAAGAAGCACAUCACUUCCAUGACCGGGUAAUUAAUACAAUUAACUCUGAAAAGGCUGCAGAAUACCCAGAAAACUACAAAACCUGCAUCAACUUCUUGCUAGUGUUCUGGAAGAUGGCUCAAGCAUUAGGAAAAAGAUCCACAGAAUCAGAGAACCCUGAACCUAAAGGAGGAAAUCCAGGUCAUUACAAUGCCUGCUUUGAUUAUGUCAAGCUUUUAUCAAAGGCAAUGCUGAUUGUUCUUGGACUAGGGUCUACGGAGAUACGGAAGAUAAGGAACAAGAAAGAAAAGCACAAAUGGGCUGUUCAGAUCAUGGACAAGCUACUAGAAAGUGCUUCGAUGUAUGAAUAUGAAGACAGUGGUAUGAACCCGCAGGCAGCAACAAUAUCGCCCCCCAAGGACGAUGAAACAAAGCCUUACAAAAUUUCCGAUGGUGGCGACCAUAUCACCCUCGGAAGCAUUGAAGAACAACCAAUGAUACUUAGUCCUAGUACUACUGAUCAACAAAACGAAAACAAAGGAAACAGCGGAACCAACGGUCAAGAACAAAAAGGAGUCAUUGGAGAAGGGUCACUGCCGCCAGAAGUGAAGGAGAAUAAAACCCCUGAAAUGGAAAAGAAGGAGACACCGAUAUUGAUUGCUGCGAAGAAUGGCAUCACUGAAAUGGUCGAGAAGAUCCUAGAGCUUUUUCCAGUGGCCAUCCAUGACCUUAAUGCACAGAAAAAGAAUAUAGUUCUGUUGGCUGUGGAGAACAGGCAACCCCAUGUGUACCAACUCUUGCUAGAGAGAAAGAUCACGAAAGAUAGCGUUUUCCGCAAAGUGGAUAAAGAUGGUAAUAGUGCAUUACACCUUGCAGCAAAGUUGGGAGAAUACAAGCCUUGGCUAAUUCCAGGUGCUGCCUUGCAAAUGCAAUGGGAAAUCAAGUGGUAUGAGUUCGUGAAAAACUCAAUGCCGUUCCACUUCUUCGUCCGCUACAACAAGAAAAGCCAAACCGCAAGGGACAUCUUCACCGAAACCCACACCGAGAUCGUUAAAGAUGGAGGCGAUUGGCUGGCCAAAACCUCCCAAUCGUGCUCCGUCGUCGCCGCCCUCAUCGCCGCCGUCGCCUUCUCCACUGCAUCCACCGUCCCCGGCGGCACAAGAGAGGAAAACGGCAAGCCCACCCUCGAAAACCAGCCGUCUUUCGACGUCUUCAGCAUCGCCUCCCUCGUCGCCCUUUGCUUCUCCGUCACGGCAAUGGUGAUGUUCCUGGCCAUUCUGACAUCACGGUACCAGGAGAGGGACUUCGGGAAAGAGCUGCCGAGGAAGCUCCUUUUUGGCCUGACGUCGCUCUUUGUGUCCAUCGCUGCAAUGCUGGUAUCUUUUUGCGCCGGACACUUCUUCGUGCUGAAAGAUGAGCUGAAAUACGCGGCGUUUCCGGUUUAUGCAAUAACGUGUUUGCCGGUGUCGUUUUUCGCCAUAGCGCAGUUUCCGUUGUACGUUGAUCUGGUGUGGGCUACGUUUAAGAAGGUGCCGCAGCGGAGUUACAAGGACUGAUCGUUGAUUACUUAGAAAAUGUCGAUCUUUGAGUUACAUAUAAAGUCAUCAAAAAAAGUCAAAAGUCCACUCUCACUAUUAGCAUUUUUGAUGCACCAAGUGUGUCUUUUGUUUUUCUUGAGUGUUGCUUUCUUGGUUGUAUGCCUCUUUGCUUGCCCUUGUGGCUUAAUGAAUUCUCAUUAUCGACCAAAAAAAAAAAAGUAUGUCUUUUGUAACUUUGUAAGAUCUCUAUUGUAAUUUAGAGCCCAAAGCCCGCGAAGGACAUGAAACAUGCAAGCUUAGAGCCUGCUGAAAAAAGGGGCUUGUUCAGAUUGUUUUCCAGGCGAUAUUAACUUCAUUCCAAAUAGUUUUUGGUUUUACCCGACCUUACAUCAAUCAUCAUGAUGACAUCAGAAUAGGCAAAGAAAAAGAAAAAAGAAAUGCUACAAUAAUGUAUGAUUCUUUUU